CGCGUCAGUGUUGAAGGUGGUGACGAAAGCAAAUCUGAUGGAAGAAAAGGGCAAACUCGAGAUAACAAAUAAGGGAUUUCAAUUCUUGCUACAGGAUGUUAACACCCAAGUGUGGGCUUUUUUGAUUCAAUAUUUGGAUUUGGCUGGUGAGAUGUUAAAUAUGAAUGUUGUAGAAGUGUUGAACUUCUUUUUUAUGCUAGGAAGUCUGGAGUUGGGCCAAGACUACUCGGUUGAUGGAUUAACGGCCACACAAAGACAACUACUAGACGAUCUGGAGAACUAUGGGCUCGCCUAUCGUCGUAAG